AUGUUCCAAAUAAAUGUUACAAUCUAUAUCUGUAACUCUUCAUCAUCCCGUAAAGGAUUAGAUCCAGCCCGACCACUGGUAUCUGAAUAUGGCUCGAAGCAGUUCCGUCUGAGCCGUGAUGAUGCUAACGUAGUGCAGGUGGUGCACACGAACGCUGGUUUCCUCGGCGAGAGCGGUCAGAUUGGACAUGUCGACUUCUGUGUCAAUGGGGGAAGAUUACAACCUGGCUGCAAAGGGCAUAUGAUGCGUGUUGCUAGAUGCAGCCACUUCAUGAGUUCCUGUUACUUUGCUGCAAGUCUUCGUCGACGUAUUCAGAUGGUUGGUGUUCCAUGUGACUCCAGUUGUCCAAAACAAGAUACGUUAGUGUUGGCAACAAACGCAAAGCCUCUUCGUAUAGGCGGAGAUAUACCAGAUUCAUCACGAGGGAUGUACUGCGUUAGAUUGGACCAUGAAGAGAGCUGUCCCUUUGACUGA